ACAGAGUGUAACUGGUUCUGAAAUUCACAACAAGCGACACAAAGGACAAGGCAAAAGAUUAGGACUACAUGUAUUUUGUAUUUUAGAUGUGUCGGGUCAAUCAGGCAGGAUGGUUAGAAUAUUUGUGUACUGCAGUUAAUGUGAUUAUGACGAUGACCUUUUAUUAUUCUUCAUCAUACUAGAUAUUACGGCUUCCAAUAGAUAACGGCAAGCAGCCGCUGUCUGUGUGUGCGAGAGAGAGAGAGAGAGAGAGAGAGAGAGAGAGAGAGAUCAGCCCGUGCCAAUAAUGCAAUUUCACUUAAGGAGGGAGAGAGAUUUUCUCUUUAAUAUAAAAACAGUUUAUUGACGGAGGACGAUGGACUGACAAACUGAUUCAAGGCGAACUUUCACCGGACACGCGCGAAUUUGUCAUUUAACGCCAAAAGGAUUGUAUUCGAUCUAUUAUUAAUGAUACAUUAAUUCAGUCUGUAAUAAUAACAGUAAUAACUGCUAAUUCUUAAUAACUGAUAAACAUUUACUGUUAGGUUUGUACACAUCUACUAAUCAAUUAAGCACCCAGUGUUCUUCGUGAGAACUGAAUCUCCAGGUGUACGUCAUCAUGGCAUUUGGGUGCCUCACCCUGUGGGACAGACGGAACUGCAGCAGCCUGUCAGAUGUAACAGAAAAAUAUGAGAUUGGACACACACUCAGGGUGAAAGAGUUUUGUGAGCUCUGCGUGGCAAAGGAGCGGCUUACCAGCAAGGUCUUCUUCUGCAAGAAAUUCCUCAAGAAAGAUGGAAAGAAAGUGCGCAAAGCAGCUAAGAAUGAGAUCAUGAUUCUGAACAUGGUGAGGCACCCUAAUAUACUACAACUGAUUGAUACAUUUGAGACCAGGAAGGAAUACUUCAUUAUGCAAGAGUUGGCUACAGGGGGCGACGUGUUUGACUGGAUUCUGGACCAGGGAAACUACACUGAGAGGGACGCCUCCUGUGUCAUCCGGCAGGUGCUGGAGGCCGCGUCCUACCUACACUCACUCAGCAUCGUCCACAGGAACCUGAAGCUGGAGAAUCUUAUAUAUUACACAGAAAAUAACCACAACAAAGUGGUACUCCGCGACUUCUACUUGUCGAGGUUUGAAAAUAACGGUAUCACAGAGCCGUGUGGCACCCCUGAGUACCUGGCACCCGAAGUCGUGGCCCGGCGUCGGUAUGGUUGCCCGAUUGACUGCUGGGCUGUUGGUGUCAUCAUGUUCAUACUCUUGUCUGGAAAUCCUCCAUUCUACGACGAAACCGAGGAAGACGACACCGAUCAGCACAACCGCAUACUCUUCCGUCGUAUCGUGGCUGGAGAGUUUGAGUUUGACUCCCCCUACUGGGAUGACAUAUCUCCUGCAGCAAAAGAACUCGUGUGCAAGUUGAUGGAGGUGGACCCCAUGCUGAGAGUCACAGCGCAGAAUGCUUUGACUCAUGACUGGAUCGCAGGCCAGGGGGCCUCGGAAAAAAAUCUGAGAGACGGAGUUUGCGCCCAAUUCAAGAAAAACUUUGCCAAAGCCAAAUGGAGGAAAGCGAUUCGCGUCACUACCUUCAUGCAGCGGCUCCGCUCCAUGGAGUCCAGCGGAGGGCCGGGUGAUGAAGACGGUGGAGCAGAGGUUGGGAAUGAAGUAGAAGGGAAGGUGGACAUGGAGGAGGUGGCUUCAGGGAGCACCGUAGAACUUUCCCAAGGAGGGCAGUCUGAAAGCAAAGCCAUUGCCGAAAAAGAGGAGGAGGGAGGUGAAAAUGGGGAUGUGGAAAAGGUAAGAGGAGGCACAUGCUGUGGAGGUACAGGAGAUGGUGGUGCAGGAGAAAUCUGCUCAACAAAACCACAGGCCUUGCUGAAAUCAAUGGGUGAAGGGGCAGACACGGACAGUGAUGGGGGGAAGAAGGAAACAGUGACAGGCAUGGAAGAAGCACCGCUUGCUGGGAAAGAAAAGCAAGACCCACAAAAAAUGUCAUCACCUCCUGACCGUGCGAUGGUGUCAGAUCACAGAGCAUCCAGUGCCCAUCAGAAGACCUACAACAGCGAGGGGAUGAAGGAUUCAUGCGGUGCAGUGACCCAGAACUGCCAAAAGAGGGAGCCAGUGAUCUCUCCACAACUGAAUGAUUGCUCAGGGCCUACUGCAAUGACAGUGACUCCAACAGCAGUUCAGAAGAUACCAUCGCUGGCAGAUAAGAAGAUGCCAGAUGUGUCUACAGGAAGCUGCUGCCAGUCGCAGCUUCCUGGGGCCAUGCCAGAAAAGGGAAUUUCACUGAACGGGUCUAAAGAUCUGAAAGGAAAAAGCAGCGAUGCUGGUGAAGAUGGAGGGGACCUUAAACUGAGCAUGAGCACCAGAAAAGGUGAAAAUUCCUGCACGUUAGCAGGUUCUCCAGGACUUGAGGACAAUAAUGACGCAUCAGGUCAGAAACAGGGUGAGAUGCCAAGCCCGGGCCAUCGCCGCUCCCCUUGUCCCAGUGGUGCUACGUCUCUCGAUUUGGGGAAGGCAGCGGGAAGAAGCAGCGACUGGCAGAUGGACAGCGCCAUCGAGCAGAUCGAGAAGCACAUGGCAGCGGUGUUCGAAAAAAUGGAGGAGGACCUUCCCUCCCUACUGGAUGACAUUGCUGAGCCCCCCAAGAGAGGCACCUAGUCCCUCCCCAUCUCAGCUAUGUACAGAGGACCAAACUGUUCCCUCACUACUCUUGGCCUCUCAUCAAAGUCCUCUAACCCCCCCAGCCAGACACCCCCUCAACCCUCACAACCCCACCCCAAGUAAUCCCUAGUGGUCUCAAGAUAAAAAAAGAUCCCUCAUAACUUACAGGAAGGCCAGGGGUAGAUAAGUCUGAAACUGGAGUGCCAGUGUUCAGCAGCUUUUCCAUCCUACCUGGUGUCUGAGGAACCACACCAGGUCUCAGGCAGAUAGUAACUCAUAAGGUAGGAUAGAAAACCUGCUGGAUACCGGCCCUCCAGAAUCUGGGUUGCCUACCCCUGACCUAGCCAGUCUCCAGGAAGACCUAUGGUGGACAGAGACCGUACUAAGAGGCCCAUGUACAUAAAACACAUUUAAGCACACAAAACACCGGCGACCGAAGAAGCAUGCACGUGAAACAUGCACGAAAAAAAACAAGUGCACACAGACAAAAUGUACAAAUACAUGCAAAUUAUUUUUUGCAUCGCAGACUUUAAGAUGGUGUCGUCAUGCUCCGGUGUGAAGAAUAAACUUUCCACGGCAGCUGCCUGCUUUAAGACGCCGAGAGCUCAGCGUGUCGUCCUGUAUUCAGGGAAGAUCUGAAAACAGCUUUGAGAGAACAUAUCAACUGGUGCAAGCAGCAAGCUGUCAAUUACAGACAGGCAAACCUUAAUAUAGAGACAUAUUUUAAAAAGGAAAUAUGAAAAUACAUAAAACAGGCUUUCAUAGUAACAUAUUAUUUCCAAGUCUCCAGCUUACAUAUUCUGUGUAUAUAAAAAUUGCCAAAUGAAAAUAUGGCGGG